UACCCCGCGGAUGUUACUGCGUUUCCGUGCUUCAGCGUGCACACACGAUACAGUGGUGGAUACAGGAACGGUACACACGGACGUGCAUACGUAUAUUCAUGCACACACAUACGCGUAUACGUGUACAUACACAUACACCUUUAUGCACGCCGGCUACUAAGCGGCGUGCGUGCGUGUUCACGCACACAACGAAGACACGUUGCACACCGUAUACGCACACGCUAGCACGUAUCUUGGACACGUGCACACACCUGUUCGUCGCGCGUUUCCGCGGCGGCGCCGACGCCGGACGGUCGAUCUCGCGGACUCUCGCGGUGCGUCACGCGUGUGCGUGAGCAGUGUCACACGUUUCGUCCUCUCAACAUAGUGCCCAGAUAUCUCUUUCCUCUUCCGAGAUAUUGAGAAAAUCGCUGCUUCAAAAAGAACCACAAGAGUAUUACAUGUCUGAGUGAAACAGUGAGCGACGAGCGAAGUUUUGCAACGAUAAGUAAAUUCGGCUUUUAUUCAGGGUGCGAACGACUCUUCGCGAAAAUUUCCUCCUCGUCCGUCGCGCAUCAGGGAUUAAUUGACGCAUGGAAUGUCACUGGAAUUAUCUGACAGCCCGAGCUCCGAAUUGUUUUCGUCUUUCAUAUAUUGUAGCAUGUUUAUAGAUUGUGGAAUCGUCCGCUGUAAUUAGAUCCAUUCAUAACUAUACAUAUCCGGCAAAGAAGAGUAUACAUGCCGCUACUAGCAUCGAUUUCUACAAACUGUCAUAUCGCGCAUACACAUAGAACACGUGCUGAACGCCGUGGCUUGUGCGCGCAUCGAGGAAAGCAGGUGUCAAAUCUUGGAGUAGCGCGUGCAAUCAUUAGGCUUUUGCGCGCGUAAUCGCUUUCUCCUGCCCAAUAAAUUUGAAGACACAAAUCGCGUAAUUAAUUCGCAAUUAGUCCUGCACGAAAACACUAACGAACGACGAAACAAGUGCAUUACAGAACGAAAGAAAAAAAGAGGCGCGAGAAAAGAAGAUAUUAUCGCGGAUUCGUAGUAACCGCUCGUGCUUGGAGUAUUCUUGAGAGCGAAAGGUAUCUGUCGUGUCGCGGAGCUUACGCGAAUUUUAUCUCCUCCUUGAGUGUCGUCUAUGCACGGAAAAAGUGAGGAUUCGAGAAUCUUUACGGACGAGAAACAGUGGAGAAAAACGCACGCGAGUCUUCCUGCAUUCGUUCACAAAGUGUUCACGAGUGUUUAGUGCUCAGCGGAAAGGAAAAAGGAUCGACCCUCCACGCGGAGGACAUACGGCCAGUGGAUAUUCGGUGUUGGUGCGCGGACCGGAAGGAUCUGCGGAGUGCAGUGUGCCGAUAAUUAGAGAUCGAUAAUAUUCGGUGAGAGUGGUGAGAGAAAUAGAGAGAAAGAGAGCGAAGGAUACACAUAUAUAUUCAAACGGCGUGACGAGAGGACAGUGGAGGAAUCAUCGAAAGCGCGGAGGAGUGCUCGAGGGAGCGGCCGAGAAGCAGCAGCAGGGGAUAUCGAUGAUAUGCGGUAGUCGAGGGAUUCCCCAGGGAGAGACAUGAGGGCGGCCGCCACCUACGUCCUGUUCCUUGCCCACCUCAUACAGGCGACAACCGCGAGCGGAUAUUUCGAGGUGCAGAUCCUCUCGCUGACGAACAACAGGGGCACUCUGGUGGACGGUAGAUGUUGCGGCGGAGGAGGCGGGGGCGGAAAAGGAGACUUCCCGCCCUGCACGACGCCCUGCUCGACAGCCUUCUGGCUCUGUCUCAAGGAGUACCAGUCGAACGUCACUGCCAUCGGCUCCUGUAGCUUCGGCAACGUUUCUAGUCACGCCCUCGGCCCGAACACUUUCACCCUUACCAACCCCGUCACUCUACAACUCCACUUCACCUUCCGAUGGACGAGACAGUUCACGUUGAUCCUGCAUGCGAGGGACGAGGUGAGCGCCGGCGUGAUCGAAGAAGCGAGUUACAGUGGCAUCGUUUUGCCAGGACCCACGUGGCACACUCUCAAUCAUCAAGGAAGAAACGCUCAUUUAGCAUAUCGGGUGCGGGUCCAGUGCGCCGAACAUUACUACAAUGCGACCUGUACGAAAUUCUGCCGACCUAGAAACGACAUUUUUGGCCACUACACCUGCGAUGAAAACGGGGACAAAGUGUGCAUACAGGGAUGGAAAGGCGUCGACUGCGAGACAGCCGUGUGCAAGGAGGGCUGCCAUCCCGUGCAUGGCCACUGCAACGUCAGCGGCGAGUGCCAAUGUCGGCAUGGCUGGCGCGGUGAGCUGUGCGAUCAAUGUAUGCCCUAUCCCGGUUGCAAGCACGGCUACUGCAACGGCUCGAGCUGGCAAUGCAUCUGCGAUACGAAUUGGGGUGGAAUACUGUGCGACCAGGAUCUCAACUACUGCGGCACCCACGAGCCGUGCCAGAACGGCGGCACGUGCGAAAACACCGCGCCCGAUCAGUAUCGGUGCACGUGCCCGGAGGGCUUCUCCGGACCUACUUGCGAGAAGGUUGACAAUCCGUGUGCAUCCAGCCCAUGCCUGAACGGCGCGAUCUGUCGCGAGCUCGGCGAGAUCGCGCAGUGCGAAUGCGCCCCGGGAUUCACCGGAUCAUUUUGCGCGAUCGACAUCGACGAGUGCGCUUCGCAGCCGUGCCAAAACGGCGGUACCUGCGUGGACGGCAAGAACAGUUUCGUUUGUAACUGCCCGUCCGCCUGGCAAGGCGUGCUCUGCCAGUUCGACGUGGACGAGUGCACGCUCAAGGAGUCACCCUGCAAGAACUUUCUCACUUGUAUUAACCUGGCCGGAGAUUAUAGAUGCCGAUGCCGGAGUGGUUUUACCGGCAAGAACUGCACGAAGAAUAUCAACGACUGCGUCGGCCAGUGCCAGCAUGGUUCGCUCUGUAUCGACCUUGUAGACGACUAUCAUUGCAGCUGCACUCCCGGCUACUCCGGCAAAGAUUGCGACGUUGACAUCGACGAGUGCGCGUCCAAGCCGUGCCAGAACGGCGGCGAAUGCCGCGAUCUGGUGAAUGCUUACGAAUGCGUGUGCCCGGUGGGAUUCACUGGCUACCAGUGUGAAAUCGAUCGCGACCAUUGCAGCCCGAACCCGUGUCGCAAUUCGGCACCGUGUUUUAACACGCAGACCGAUUACUACUGUCACUGCCCGGCACAGUGGCAAGGCAGAAAUUGCUCGGAGCCGGCCUUGCAUAAUCCGCAAUUCGGCGUGUUGGACGACGGGCAGUCGGGAUGCGGCAGCGAAGGUACCCCGUGCGGCGGUAAGGGUCGAUGCAGCGGCGGCAGAUGCAUCUGCGAUCCGGGCUACACCGGCGUGCAUUGCCACGAGAACAUCAACGACUGUCGCGGCAAUCCCUGCCUAAAUGGUGGCACGUGCGUCGACCUGCUUAACUCGUUUCAGUGCAUCUGCAGGGAAGGUUGGAGCGGAGAUCUUUGUGACCAAAAUGUGGACGACUGCUUGACACAACCUUGCCGCAAUAAUGGUACCUGCGUGGACGGCGUGGCAGAUUUCACGUGCAUCUGCCAAGGCGAAUGGAAGGGCAAGACGUGCGCGCUGCACGGCGGCCACUGUGAACCGGGUACUUGCCGGAACGGCGGCAAGUGUGAGGAUCACGGCGAUAGCUUUACGUGCAACUGCACGCGCGGAUGGGAAGGCGCGGCCUGUCACAUCGCGUCGCCGUCAGCAUGCACGAGUAAUCCCUGCGCGAAUGGCGCGACUUGCGUGAAUACAGUCGAUGGCAGUUACCGGUGCGUUUGUCGCGAAGGCUUCGAAGGGCCGAACUGCCAGCGCAAUGUGGACGACUGUCAGCCAUUGCCAUGCCUGAACGGUGGCAAAUGCGUGGACGGUGACAACUGGUUCAGAUGCGAAUGUGCGCCCGGCUUCACUGGCCCGGAUUGCCGCAUCAACGUGAACGAAUGCGCGAGCGAUCCGUGCACCAGCGGUGCCACGUGUGUGGACGGCAUCGCGAGCUACUCGUGCAUCUGUCCACCCGGCAGAACUGGUCCGCGAUGCGAGAUUCGUACAGCUGGUGGACCUGGCUGCACGGCCGCCACGUGGGAGGAUGACUGCAACGUAUGCGAAUGCCGGAACAGUAAGAACCAAUGCAGCAACGUCUGGUGCGGGCCGGGCAACUGUCUGAAUGGCACCUCUUGCUUGGCUCACGAGGUCUGCGUUCCUAGUCCGGGCGAAAGUUGCCUGGCACCGCCGUGUCCGGCGUGGGGCGAGUGUCGUCCCAUCGAAAUUGGAAGGCGAGUCGGCCCACCGGCGCUACCAGCUCCACCGUCCUGUUGGCCCGGACAAUCCACGCUCGGGUCAACUUGCUCGAGACUCACGAUACUAUUACGGAGGGACACCCUGGCGUCUGGCACGUCGGUGGAGCUACUAUGCCGUCGUCUGAGGAAGCUUCUGGCCGAUCCACGAAGGCCACAGUCGGUAGUAUUGCUAUGCGAUCUGAAGCCUGGCGACAACGACACGGUGGAAGUAACCAUCUUCUCUGAAGCGGCAGCAGACGCGGCUCGCGAUCUCGGUGAAACGCUCAGUCGUCCACUAGCUAGACCUCUCGUUUUGGUUUCUGUGUUAGAGGUCAAAGUAGAAACAGCAUUGCUCAGCGAGCCUAGUUCGGCGAGUGCAGCCAAUGCCGGUGGUUACGUGACCGUUCUGGGCAGCGCUCUAGCGAUUGUACUGCUGCUGGCGCUAUUUGGUAGCCUCUGGUACCUCAGAACUAUGAGGCAUAGAUCGAACCUGACGGCGACUACCAGCAGCGAGACCUCGUUGCACCGCCAUCGCAGCGAUCUGGACGAAAAGUCGAAUAAUCUUCAGAACGAGGAAAAUCUGAGAAGAUAUGCCAAUCCGCUCAAAGAUCAGGAUUCCGAACCCCGUGUGUCCGUUGUAAGACCUCUGUCAGGCACUUCUCUUGGCACAUUGACCGGCACCGAGGAGAGUCUCGAAAUGGUGUCUGAAGAAGGUAGACAUCGUUUGCCACCACUCUACAAACCGCCCAGCGCGGAAGCUAGGAACAAUACGGCCAGUUUUAGUUAUGAGGAAGGACCGCACAAGCCUUACAUCAAGCCCAGACUGCAAGAACCGCCGUACCCUCAUCAGCAGCCAGGUACCAGUCAGAUGUCGGGGCCGCAUCAAGUGCUAACGGUACACGUGUGAUUAAAUAUCAUUAAAGUAAUGUCAAGAACAGUUGGAUAGUGUCAGUGAUUUUCUUGAUUUUUCUUGCAUACAUGAAUGCAUUAAUGAAAAUUCUUAGGGAUUAGAAGGUAACGCUAGAGACUGAACGCUUACUCGGACGAUCAGUUUUUUUUUGUGAUAAUGGGAAAUGUGACUCUCGAUUUCGAGAUAACUUGAGAUGGCUCUCUCCUGAGGUUCUUCUUUAUGAAAGUUGAGCCACUGUCUAGGGUAUAUAUCUAGGGAUAGAAAUGCAGAAAAAAAAGAAAAAGAACGCACGAUUUUUAUAGGGCUCAGCAAUACAAUUAUGUUAUAAGAUAAUGCAUAAAUUUUCAUUGCCUCUACGAAGCGCAUCUUUUUAUGAUCGCUUCAUUCAUAGUAUUAUUAGAAUAUUUUUGAUUAUUAAAAUUUUCAAUUUUUUAAUAAUUGUAAAAUAAUUAGCAAAAAUAUUAGCACAGAUUUUCAAAUUCAAAAUUUGUUAAAUUAUUAAAAUUUUUCCUCUUUUUCUAUUUGUCCGACCCUUUCGUGUUUCUAUACGACAAUAAAAGAUCGACAAUUAUAAAUAAUUUUAAUGAUAAUAAUCAGUUGUUAUCAGUUGUACAUAUGUACAUAGCUCGUACUUAUUAAUUUCGCUAAGCCUCUAUAUUUCCUUCGCAUCCCCUUCGGCGUUGCCAUUCCUCCUUCCUAUAUGCGCCUCGAUUUUAUAUGUUUAUAUUUAAUACCCUUUUGAUAUUACUAUAUAUUGCCAUUGCUAGCAUUUUUUAUUUUCAUAAUUUGAAAAAUAGGAUGGCACCGUCGCAUCUACGAGAUGUAUUGUACGUUUGUCGUGUAUAAUUGUCGAAGCGAAACUGCACUCCAUUCGAGAUCAGGAGACGUAACGUGUAAAUAAAUUUGACAAAAAAUACGAGAAUUUUUUUUAAGUAUUAUUUGGAAUUAUUGCGAUUAAUCGUGCAGACAAUCGCUCGAUCAUCGUACGUGAAAGUGUGCUUUGUAUGAUAUAAUGUGGGCUUCAAACGUUCCUUCAGAUGAUAUUAUUGUGAUACUCAUAGAGGAAACAACGUUAUUGUAUAGCAUUACUAUGGUACACCGCGUGUUCAUUUACUUCAACACUUGCUCGAGUUUUAUAUUUUUUCACGAAAACACGUGAUUUUUACGCGAUGAGAAAUACUGCCAUUGCGAGAGAAUGUGCUACACGAUACGCUAAAUCGCGGCGGCGCAUUAACUUGUAAAGAACUAUAUUAGCGGCGUAAAUGUAAUAAGUUUUAGAACGUAUUCGAAUGCAGAAUAAAAACAAACGAUGUACAUAUAGUGACGCUAUUGCAUCGUGGAACGAUGUAAAUAAAUCGUAAGUACACAUUGUCCAGAUCGUUUUCAUCUCCAGUCAUUAUCGACCUACCCCUAGAUGUGCAAUUCGUUCUCUUCUUUUUUAUAUACUAGCAUUUUCCGUAUCCCCUAGCGAAGUGUCCACAACAGACUAGUUUAAACUGAGAAGCUCGUUUUAGGCGUACAUAGAUUUACAGCAGGAAGGAACAAAGUUUUAUAAUAGAUACUUUAUUUUGUAGAGAAAGCUAUAUUAUUGUACGAAUACAUAUAGAGAAGAGAGUGAGAGACGAUGAAAAUAUAUAUAUAAAUAUAUAUUAUAUAUUAUUUUAUAUAUUAUAUUAUUUUUAUUUUAUUGUCUCGUAUUAAUUAUUUUCAGAUCAUAAGCAAUAGUUGAUCAUUAUCACAUGAUUUUUUCGUCGUCCUCAAAGCGAAACGACAAUAGUAAAAAUCUGUCAAACUAAUGCUUUUGGUCUAAUCGACGAUAAAUAAUUAUCGACAACAUUCACGCGUUGUGAUUAUUCGUGUUUGAUAUCGAGAAAUGUGCAAAUGAAUGCGUGUAUAUAAGCUCCCUCCCAUUAUCCCCUCUCCCCCGCAUAGGUUUACGACGAUGUGAAGGAUUUCAAAUAAAAAGUACAACCCUUCAA